CAACGUGCAUAGAACUUUACACACUUUGAACUAGUAAAAUACAGCUUCUAAGUACAUACUUUAAUCCUAAUAUUAGAACUAAGUCAAGCUACCAGUGCUUAAUUUGUUAAGAUCUAUAUAUAUAUAUAUAUGCAUAGUUACAUUAGUUAGAUGAACUAGUUUUAUUGAUAAUUUAUCUAACUUGAUAAACAUUCAAAUAAAGCUAUAUAUCUUACCAAACCUGAAUGUACAACAUCAUAUUGUGUGUAAAUAAAAGAGUUUUUUUUUUAAAUCAUUUUCUAUGAAUGAGAUGUGAAAUGGCGUAGUAAAAAGCAAUAACGAACAACCACCUUUUCUGUUGGAUAAACUUAUUGAGGCGGCGAUUUCAUUAGUUUGGUAAGUUUAACCAUUUGAUUUAUGGACAAUCUAUAAAGGGAUGUCAUUUGCAUAUCCAAUAUAUGUCGUAUUUUUUGUUUAUUUCUCCAACUGAUUUUGGGUUUACGAUGAUUAGUUGGAGACUUUUUGUUACUUAGCUCCACGAAAACCUUGUUAUCUAGGUAUACUUAUCUUCCAUAUUUUUUCUUUUCAAUUUAUGCAAUCGGAACAAACUGCCGGUACAAUAGUUUUGAAGGUUAGUAGUUGUAAGUAUUUAAUUAAUCUAAUAAAACGUGUAACCCAUGAUCAAAAUAACGGCUGCUAUGUAAAAUCAGUUACAUAGGCUUUUUUCUGCAGUUACGUAUGCUUUUUCUAUCGGGAAUCAAACUCAUUAACAUGUCAUACAAAAGUAUAACUGAAAUUGACUUAAAAUUUAAAAGGUAUGUGGCCAAGAAUGAUGUAUCAACUAUCGAGAAGACAAUUAGUACAAAUUACUUUUGUAACCUGUUCCAGUAAAUGUAUGAAGAAAUUGAUUUUAAGAAUCUAAUUUAAACAUCAGGGCUGACUUAUUUGUUUGAAUCAACAUCGUUGGUAUGAGUUAUUUUCCUGAAUACUAAGUAAAAUAGCGACAUGUGUCGAGCUGACAUCCAAUCUAUAAGUUUUUUACACGGGAUCCACAUGCACACACACAGCACGCACUCUUGCACGUGAGAUGUCCGUACGUUGGGUCUCCAUCUAACACUAGCAAGAUGUAUUUUUCAAUUAAAUUGGGUUUAUGUUUUAAGAGUGUUUUAAAUACUAUAAUUGUAUUCGCGGAUGAUCUGCAAUAUUUUUUGAAAGUUCUCAUGUUCAGUGGCUGGUGUAUUCUGGAUCAGUUUAUAAUUCAAAUCUCUAUUCUAGGAAAGUGUUUUUCCAAGUAGAUGUAUGGAAUGGUUCAAAUGAUUCGAAUGAGUUCUUGUUUUUGACUGCUCAUUAAAUCGAUGAAACAUGGAAACUGAGAAAGAGAGUUCUAAACAUCUUGAUGGUCGAUCCGUCUCAUACGGAUGUAGUGCUCGCUGAAGUUAAAAAUAACAUGUUUAAUGGAAUGGGAUAUUGAGCAGAAGUUCUUCUCUAUAUAUGUCCUCGAAUCAUUCCUCCAUUUAGUGAAAAUGUAGCUAUCAAAUUCAAAGACCGGUGAAUCAUUACACAUGAAAGUGCUUUUCAAACUGAAACUCUAUUCUCGGAAAGGAUGAGAGACUUAAGCACAUAAAGAGUGUCCUUUCCUCGCAGUUGUCUUCAAUCGUGAUAGCUUAGACUUUGGAUACAAAGUGAGAAAGAGGUUACCUUUUACUGUCUUACAUGCAUGCUUUGAUUCCUAUAUCCAACAAAUAAAAAUAAGUACGAAGAAAACAACUAGAGUUACUGUUGAAUGAAGUUGUUUUAUCUUGUAGAGCUCCAGCAGAUACUUUAGUGAUAAGAACAUCACUGUUGAAUGAAGUUGAACUAAAAUUCAUGCUAGCAUUUCAAAUACUCUUUAAAAUACUGAUUGAAGUUUAUUGACAUGAUAAGAGAACGUAAAUACCGAAAUUACCCAUAUAUGUUAAGAAAUACCACAACUACCCCUAAUAUCAUCAUUUGUCAUAUACUCCAGAUGUCCUUUGCUGAACGGUUAAUUCUGGUACUAUAGAUGGGUGAUUUUCAUGUAUUAGAAACAGCCAAACCAAGAAAAGUUUCAACUGAUUUUUUUUCUUUGGUCAAAAGAAAAGUUUUAAUACAGCCAAAAAAAAUCUAAUUGCAUUAAUUAAUAUAGAAAGUGAAUAUAGCAAAACAAGGGAAUAAAUCUGAAUAUUUUAAGAAAUUUCAGAUUUUCACACAGAGAAAACAAAGCUAAGUUUUCCUACAUAUAAAAAUUGUCUAAAAAUGGUUAUUGGUUUUACACAGAAUCAUUUAAUUUUAAAAAUUAAUACCAUAAAUGUACAUAAAACUACAUUAGAAAAACAACUGGAACCUCUCAGCAGUCAAAUCCUUUUCUUUCUUUCUUAUUUUCCCAUAAUAUUAUGAAAUUUAUUCCUAGUUUGUAUUUUUAUCUUGUAAUAGAGUUUUUUCAUUAUUCACUUCUUUCCUUCUCACACUAUAAAACCCCUCCCAAAGUUUUACUUCUUCCUCCUCUCUCUCCAAUACAUCACUCGCUCUCUUCAUCGCAUCAUCCUCUUUCGACCAUCUUUACUCUUCUUUUUUUUCAGUUUUCUCAACAAUAUUAAAACCUGUUGUAUCAUUUUUUUCAAAUACUCAUGUUAAGAAAGAUAAGAUCUUGAUGUUCAGACAUUAAUGUCUCCAGUGAUUAGCGAAGCACUUAGAUCUGGCUUAACUAUAGAUUCAUCUCUUAGACGCAGGACCCAUCUUGUUCAAUCUUUCUCCGUCGUUUUUCUUUACUGGUUCUAUGUUUUCUCAGAAAUCAUCUCUCCUUUAGCCAUAACAUAUAGCCUAUAAACUAUAUAUUAUAUCACUUUUCCAGAUAGCUUUUGCUUAACCUUAAUCAUCAGGGUCUUGCGUCUUUUCAGUUGAACUAGUAUUUUCGUGUUUUUGUCUUUUUAAAAAAAAAAAAUUAAUUUGGGUAUCUGUAAUGAUGAAUAAACCGGAGAUGAGACCGUGUCUGACCUGUAACUGGUCGCCGGUUCUACCGACCAGUUUACCAAACUCCGAUCGCGUGCAACGUGAUCUGAUCAACGAGCGGAAGAGGAAGAGGCUGGAGUCCAACAGAGAGUCGGCGAGGAGGUCGAGGAUGAGGAAGCGGGAGCAUCUGGUGGGUCUAACGACUCAGCUCGAGCAGCUGCGCAAGGAAAUCCGCAAGGCCACCACCGAGGUCGAUGUCACGACGCAGCACUACACCAAGAUGGAGGCGAAGAACUCCGUUAUGAGAGCUCAGGUGACGGAGCUAAACCAUCGCCUGAACUCCCUCAACCAGAUCAUCGCUUUUCCAGAGUCGUACUCCUCCGCCGCCGGAGGAUUCGGGACGGUGACGGGGGGCACCGCCGCCGGAGGUUUUGGGAUGGAGACUGCUCCCUCCGCUGCCGGAGGAUUUGGGAUGGAGACUGCUCCCUCCGCCGCCGGAGAAUUUGGGAUGGCGACUGCUCCCUCCGCCGCCGGAGGUUUUGGUAUGGCGACUGCUCCCUCCGCUGCCGGAGGAUUUGGAAUGGCGACUGCUCCCUCCGCCGCCGGAGGUUUUGGGAUGGCGACUACUCCCUCCGCUGCCGGAGGAUUUGGGAUGGCGACUGCUCCCUCCGCCGCCGGAGGAUUUGGAAUGGCGACUGCUCCCUCUGCCGCCGGAGUAUUUGGAAUGGCGACUGCUCCCUCCGCCGCCGGAGGAUUUGGAAUGGCGACUGCUCCCUCCGCCGCCGGAGGAUUUGGGAUGGAGAAUGCUCCUUCCGCCGCCGCCGGAGGAUUUGAGAUGGAGACGGGCUACACCGCUGCCGGAGGAUUUGGGAUGGAGGCUGGUCAGGGAGGAGGAGGUGGAUUUUACGACGAUGGCUGGAGCAGCGGAGGAGGAGGUGAAUUUUUCGACGGAGCGAUGGACCCUUUCGAUCUAGGGUUUUAUGACGAACCACCAAACAUGGCUUCUGGUUCGACUGGUGUUGGUGAUGUUCUCAACCGUUGGUAAACUCAAUGUCACAAUCACCAUCAUCUAGAGAGAGACGAAUAUGACUGACAUCAGGGUGUAAACUUGUAAUAAUCUUAUUAUAGAUGAUGUGAUGCUGGGUGUUUAGAUUAUAAGAUAAAGUUAACUAAGGCUUAACCAGUGUUGUAAUGAACAUAAAUGUGUAGUAUGAAGAUGGUGAUGUGAUUGUAAUUGGGGGAUAUAUUAUUUAAGUUUUUUUAAAUUAAUGAUGAAUAAAUAUUAUAUAUUGACCUUUUUCUUGUAUUUUCUGCUUUCCUUAUUUGGAAGCAUUCGUUGCUCUUAUUAGAAAGAUGAAACUUUGGCUGGUAGUGAAGAAUGAUAACAAUGUGAGACGGUUCUAUCCAAGGUGGUUCGAUUUAAAAACGUUAUAUAGAGAUGGAAUAUUAUCAUUAUUGUGCUCGAGACUAUAACUGACCAAAGUGUGAUAGAUAAUGAUGUAUUUUAGUACUUACAGCAAAAUGGAUUGUGGAUCAUGGGCCACUCGAGUUUUUUUUUUUUUCUCAAGAAUCUAACGUACGAGGCACAUAAUCCCAGUUUCUCAAUAAUUUCGUUAUUAUAUUACGUACAUGAUUAUUCUCUGAUUCAAAUCCCCCAUUAACUAAUGUAUAUGACUGCUUAGAGAUAUAACCACGUUUACCAUAUAAUUUUUUAGAUAUGACGUUCUCUAAAAGAUUGUUAAGUACAAACAAUUCUUCAAAACUAUUUUAUCCUUGUCAAUGAUCUUCGAUUGUUUUCCCAGAUGUUUCUAAGGGAUUCCCAGAAGGUUGGUUAAAGUCUUAAAAAUAAAUUAGUUAAUGCUAGACUUAUAUGGACAUGCACCACAUUAACCAAAAAGGUCGAGAUCUUUGAUUUGAUGUUGAUGAAGAAGACAUGUGGAGUGAUAACAUGUCUGCUAUGUUGUUCCAGAUAUUUGUUGUAGAUAUGUCGUUGAUAGAUUUGAUACCCAAAUGUCAAGAGCAAGUGAAGAGGAUAUGACAUAUUGUUUAGGGAGACGUAAACACUAUAAAUAUAUUAGAACUACUUGACAAAGCUCAAAAAAAGCCCUUUCAUCUCGGCAUGAAGCGUGUCGUGGAAAGGCUUCUAUGACAUACUUUUGCAUCCUAGAAGAUUCACCCCCAUUUGAUCCCUAGCUCUAUCAUAAACCACUGACUAAGUCAUAAUCAAUCUAAGAUGCAUCAAUUUGACAGGUCAGAACUAGGUAUCCAUGGAAAUGGCUGGAAUUUACAACUAUAAUUAUUAGAUAUCAUGGGUCAUCUUCCUCCUAUUUGAGGUUUUCGUCUUCUCAGUUUCUAGAACAACUAAUUGAAAUGUAUCUACUGGUGAGAUAUCUUUUCUAUCAAAAUACUUUAUUGUUUGUUUGUUUUUUAAAUUGUUUCAGAUAAUCCGUGGAAAAUGUCAAAUUGUGGUACCAUUUUUUUUUUCAUCUAAAUCAAAAAUUUGUGUGUUUGGUAUAUAAAUGUAUUGGAAAAAAUACGAAAGAGAUCGAUAAUCUGAUAAAGCCAAAACCUAAGAAAUAUAGUUGAUAGAUUUUUCUAGACUACUACAUUAGAGUUCAGAUGAUUUUUUUUCCGUUAGAGUUCAGAUGAUUAAUUUCUAGAUUUAGAUGUCAAAUACAAUAUAACAUAUGGCUAUUUUAUAUGACCAAAGUAAAUAUCAUACUAGUCAAUCAUCUUACUAUAUAGAAAUGUUAACGCUAAUAAUUAGUAAGAGUAAAAUGAAUACCGAUAUUACCAAGAUUAUACAGUGACUAGCUUA